UUAGUAAAACAUCGUAUACCUCCAAUUCAUUAAACAGAUGUUUAAAGAGUUUAGAGUUACAUUGGUUAUAUGAAGAAAACGUUUAACUUUCACUGGAGACAUGAGGAAAUACCAGACUUGUGUCGGUGAAAAGAACAACAUGUUAAAUUACAGUGUCUAUAACACGAAGAUAAAUGUUUUAUCCAUGCCAGGACCCAAUUUAAAAUCCACAUCAUUCCUCUCCGAUCACCUCUUUCUGAGCGAGCGGUCCUUCGUGUCCUCUUUGUUAAGUGAUAAAACGUAUGACGUCAUUGCUUUUUUCGCGCAGCCGUCGUUUGGCGCUCAGAGCGCCUCUUACUUGGAGCCACAGCUGUGCCCUUGGCCCAUGAUGCAGCGCGAUUGACACCCUCCUCCCGUGUCUUCGGUCUCCUGUUCUUCUUCCAGCUUUUCUCUCCUCCGACGAGUGUUUCUCUUUUUUCCGUUUUUCAUGGAAGCCUCAAGAUACGGCUGGAAAGCUUGACAUGCAGUGCGCUGACAGAAUAGCCACUACACCAGCCUCAAAAUGACCACAGGCUUCAGCUCCAACUCCUGCCGAUUCGCGGACUACUUCGUCAUCUGCGGACUCGAUACCGAAACCGGUCUGGAACCGGAUGAGCUCUCCGCAUUAUGCCAGUUUAUACAGGCUUCUAAAAUGAGAGUGGGGCCCGGCCUCUUCACAGCCAGUGCGGAUGAAGGUGAGAAUUUUGAACAGAGUCCUUUAAGAAGAACAUUUAAAUCAAAGGUGUUGGCUCAUUAUCCGGAUAAUGUGGAGUGGAGUCCCUUUGACCAGGAUGCUGUAGGAAUGCUCUGCAUGCCUAAGGGGCUAUCUUUCAGGACUCAGUCAGACUGUAGAGAACCCCAGUUCCAUUCCUUCAUAAUCACCCGUGAGGAUGGUUCCAGGACUUAUGGUUUUGCUCUCACUUUUUAUGAGGAGGUCACCAGCAAGCAAAUCUGUAGUGCAAUGCAGACCCUUUACCACAUGCACAAUGCAGAACAAUAUGAUAUCCUCCAUUCAUCCUCUAGCAGUGGAAGAGAUUGUGACAGCACUUUAGAAGAAUAUAAUGGAACAUCCAUUUCAAAACUGCAACGUUUCAACUCUUAUGACAUUAGCAGAGACACACUAUAUGUCUCUAAAUGCAUCUGUUUAAUAACUCCCAUGUGCUUCAUUCAAGCAUGCAGAAAAGUACUAGAACAACUUCACCAGGCUGUAACAUCUCCACAGCCUCCUCCAUUGCCAUUGGAAAGCUACAUCUUCAAUAUACUUUAUGAGGUACCCCUUCCACCAUCAGGGAGGUCUUUGAAAUUCUCAGGUGUAUAUGGAGCAAUUGUAUGUCAGAGGCCAAGCACCAAUGAACUACCUCUCUUUGAUUUUCCUUUGAAUGAGGUUUUUGAACUCCUGGGUCUGGAAAAUGUAAUACAGCUCUUCACUUGUGCCCUUCUUGAGAUCCAGAUACUGCUGUACUCUCAACACUAUCAGAGAUUAAUGACCGUGGCAGAGAGCAUCACAGCCUUAAUGUUCCCCUUUCAGUGGCAGCAUGUAUAUGUUCCCAUUCUACCUGCCUCCCUUUUACAUUUUUUGGAUGCUCCUGUUCCAUAUCUUAUGGGCUUACACUCCAAUGGCCAGGAUGAUCGAUCCAAACUGGAACUUCCUCAGGAAGCCAAUUUGUGUUUUGUUGAUAUUGACAACCACUUCAUUGAACUGCCUGAGGAUUUGCCUCAGUUUCCUAACAAGCUGGAAUUUAUUCAGGAAAUUUCAGAAAUACUAAUGGCUUUUGGAAUCCCUCCAGAAGGCAGUCUGCACUGCAGUGAAAGUGCCUCCAAGUUAAAAGGUCACCGGUCUAUUGAUGUUGCUUCAGACAAACGCAAUGGCAACAUUGCAUGCUCUCCUUUAAACUCAUACAAACUCUUAAAAGAGAAUGAAACCAUUGCACGACUGCAGGCCCUAGUGAAAAGGACAGGAGUCACUGUAGACAAGCUUGAAGUAAGGGAUGAAGCAAGCAAUAACAAGGACUUAAAGGUCCAAUGUGAUGAAGAAGAGCUUAAGAUGCAUCAGUUGAACAUUCAAAUCAGAGAGGUGUUUGCCAAUCGUUUCACACAAAUGUUUGCUGAUUAUGAGGUCUUUGUGAUUCAGCCCAGUCAGGACAAAGAGUCCUGGUUUAGCAACAGAGAGCAGAUGCAAAACUUUGAUAAAGCCUCUUUCUUGUCAGACCAGCCUGAGCCAUAUCUGCCUUUUUUGUCAAGGUUUCUUGAAACACAGAUGUUUGCAUCUUUUAUUGACAAUAAAAUAAUGUGCCAUGAUGAUGAGGACAAAGACCCAAUUUUACGGGUUUUUGACUCAAGAGUUGAUAAAAUCAGAAUGUUGAAUGUAAGAACCCCAACCUUGAGGACAUCAAUGUACCAAAAGUGUACGAUGAUUGAUGAGUCAGAUGUUCUGCUUAAAAAGAGGUUUGAGCAUUUUGAUCUGGUUGCUCCCGCUCCUCACUGUAUUGGAUUGGAGAACUAUAAAGCUCAUCUUAAAAAAGCAAUAGAAAUGAGACUCGCAAAAAUUGAUCAUACUGCCUUGCACCCCCAUUUGCUGGACAUGAAGAUUGGUCAAGGGAGAUAUGAGCCUGGUUUCUUUCCUAAGUUGCAGUCAGAUGUACUGUCUACAGGGCCAACCAGCAACAAAUGGGCUAAAAGAAGUGCUACUGCACAGUGGAGACGGAAAGACAGACAGAAGCAGCAUGCUGAACAUUUGUACCUCGAUAAUGAUCAGAGAGAGAAAUACAUUCAAGAAGCAAGAAGUCUGGGAACAACUAUUCGCCAGCCAAAGCUGUCCAAUCUAUCUCCUUCUGUAAUUGCACAAACUAAUUGGAAGUUUGUGGAGGGCUUACUAAAAGAGUGCAGAAACAAGACAAAAAGGAUGCUGGUGGAAAAAAUGGGUCGAGAAGCUGUGGAGCUGGGCCACGGAGAGGUCAACAUCACAGGAGUAGAAGAAAACACACUCAUAGCUAGUCUUUGUGAUCUCCUAGAAAGAAUUUGGAGUCAUGGACUGCUUGUUAAGCAGGGUAAAUCUGCAUUGUGGUCUCACAUGUUGCAUUAUCAGGAAAGUAAAGAGAAAAAGGAAUCGACGUCAGGAAGUUUGAAUACACCAGGCUUUAUCCAGGACACAGAAAGGAGAAAAUCUGAUGUUGGGCCUGUCAUGUGCCCCCUUAAAGUUUCACUCAUUCAGGAUAUGCGACAUAUUCAGAAUAUCAGUGAGAUCAAAACUGAUGUUGGGAAGGCCAGGGCUUGGGUGCGACUAUCAAUGGAGAAAAAACUGCUUUCUAGGCACCUGAAACAGCUGCUGUCUGACCAUGAGCUAACCAAAAAACUAUACAAACGUUACGCUUUUUUGCGUUGUGAUGAUGAGAAAGAACAAUUCCUGUACCAUCUUCUCUCCUUCAAUGCUGUGGAUUACUUUUGCUUCACAAAUGUUUUCACUACAGUCUUGAUUCCUUAUCACGUACUAAUUAUCCCCAGCAAAAAACUGGGGGGCUCCAUGUUUACAGCCAACCCAUGGAUUUGUAUAUCUGGAGAGAUGUCUGACACGGGAGUCUUACAAAUUCCUAAAAACAUUCUUGAAAUGACCUUUGAGUGUCAAAAUCUUGGGAAACUGACAACUGUCCAGAUUGGUCAUGAUAACUCAGGACUGUAUGCAAAGUGGUUGGUUGAAUUCGUCAUCGUCAGAAACGAGAUAACUGGUCAUGCAUACAAGUUUCCCUGUGGACGUUGGCUAGGAAAGGGAGUGGAUGAUGGUAGUUUAGAACGUAUCCUGGUAGGAGAACUUGUAACACCCAACAUGGAAAGUGACGAGCGAUUGUGCAGAACACCGCCCAUGCAGCAGUCUCCUAGUAUGAUGAGGAGAUUUGUUACCAUAUCACCGAACAGUAAACCAAAGCUCAAUACUGGACAGAUACAGGAGAGUGUUGGCGAAGCAAUGAAUGGCAUAGUGAAGCACUUCCACAAACCAGAGAAAGAGAGAGGAAGUUUGACACUGCUGUUAUGUGGAGAAAAUGGCUUGGUCUCUGCUUUGGAGCUGGUGUUUCAGCAUGGGUUCAAAUCUCCUCGGCUCUUCAAAAAUGUCUUUAUUUGGGAUUUUUUAGAAAAAGCACAAGCAUACUUUGAAAGCUUUGAUCAGCGAGAAAUGACUGAAGAUGAGAACUGGCAGACCAGAGCACAGACCUUCUGCAGAUUUAUGAAUGCAGUUAACAACACACCACGAAACAUUGGGAAAGAUGGCAAAUUUCAGCUGCUGGUGUGCUUGGGUGCGAGGGACCACUUGCUGCACCACUGGAUUGCUCUCCUUGCCGACUGCCCUAUCACCGCACAAAUGUAUGAAGACAUGGCUCUGAUUAAAGACCACACGCUAGUGAACUCACUAAUCCGAGUCCUGCAAACACUCCAAGAGUUUAACAUCACCUUAGAAGCUUCUUUAGUUAAAGGAAUUUGCAUUUAGAAUCUCUUUCAUACAGUCCAACAUACAUAUUUUCAUAGAAUGACAUUCAAAUAUUCCACCCUUUUGUGAUCCAUCGAGAGAGGCCAGCGUAAAGGAUUCUGCCGGCUUAUUUUAAAGCUACAGUGCAAUGCGCUGGGUGUCGUGUGCAAUGAGACCGUUUUGGACGAGUCACGCUGGCUUUCAGGACGUCACGCUGCAACAGAAUUGAAUGAUCUGUGAGGACCUGGUGUGUGCUAUAUUAUGAUUACCAAUGUAGUUUAUUUUUAGUUGUUUGUUCAUAUAUAUAAUAUGAAAGGACUUGUUUAAUUUUAAUAUAUUUAAAAUGGAAAAAGCAGUAUUAUUUUGAUAUUGUUGUCUGUUUGCUUGCACUAUUGUUAAAUUCGUUACCAGUUCUAACAGAGGGUGAAUGCUGAGCUCUGACCCAGUCGCCUCAAAAGUAUACUUUAUAAGUACUAUAUUUACAAAGCAGGUAGGAUUUUAAAACAAACUGUGUGUGUGUGUGCGCGAGAGAGACGUCUGUAUGCCAAAGUGUGUUGCUGGUUUGUUUGUUUUACAUUUACAGAAUAGAUAGGAAACAAAAGAACAAAACCAUCACUUUUGACUGGAUAUUAAUUUGCACGAUUGCUUUACUCGUCCCGUCCUUCGCUACAACCUGCGUGGCUCCUUGGAUUUUUAUCCUGGCAGCAGGACUUUGAUGACCACUGCUGGGACAAAGUAAGUGAAAGUAAAUCAAAUUGGUCGUGUCGCUUGAUGACAAACCCUGUGGUCUCCUGUGUUGCCUUUGCUGCGUUCAUUUGUUUGGUUUUCGGUGUCUCCGACUUGAGCUGCCUUUUCAGCGAGUCUCGGUCUGUCUAAGACAUGGCCACUUUGUGUUGUGAGUCCUUGUUGUACUAGAAGAUGGCGUAACAGCCAGUGAGGGUGUUUUAAUUUUGUACUUUAUUUUGUACAGACGAGCCGUUUCUGUCACUUUGCUCCUCCAGUCAUUUGUUACAGCAUCAGUAUAGAUGAGCGAGGCACUGCCAGUGUCAGAGCCAUGGCUGCCUGGGUCACUUUCUCACAUGCACGUGUUUUUCUUUUCUCUCUGCCAUCAUUUUAUUGUCGACUCGCCUGUCCAUAUCGUGUGGCUCCAAACUCUGUUAGUUCAUCAAAUUGUAAUCUGGUCGCUCUUGUGUGACCCUUACAGUGCAGCAAUCCAAGCCCCCAUAAACUCAUUUGUGGCACACUCAGCCUUGCUGCCUGGCGGCUCUUGUGGAUUUGGGCAGCACUCGUUUUAGAGCUUCUCUUCUAUAUAUACGGCUAUACUCCCCGGCUUGACCAAACUGUGAUCCCCAACUACAUCAAACCAACUAUAAAGAGAAGGGCAGCUGGUAAAUACAACACCGCACAAGCCAUUGGCAGCCAAAGUGAAAUUGAAAGUGGUGGUCAAGCAGACACAGCAAAGAGGACAUUCUGUGUGUGUGCCUCAGACUCGGACUGGUUUGUCUGAGUAAACUGGGCAGAAACAGGCCCAGUACUUACAGUGUGUGCGUAUCCAUGUGAGCACAGAAGAUAACUCCACGUUUAUCAACAAAUGUAACGCUCACUUGACAAAUUUUCCAAAUAAAUUCAUUUCCAUGCAUUAUGUACAAAAUGGAGAAAGCAAACUGAACAAAAACUUUUAAAAUGAGACGUUUUAUUCCCCUCAUUUGUAACUGCUGAAGUAUAGCAGUCGGCUCUAAUCGAGUAUUUCUUUAAAAGCUCCUGCUCUAAUUUGUAAUGUGAUGGAUCCACCGGGAGGAGAUUUAAACCGUAAACUCCAUGGCGUUCUCAUAUUUGAAAAACGCAUUGUAGAAAAUGCCAUGUGCCUGUCUGUCUGUGAAGGUCUGUAUUUUUAUUUAAUGCUGCUGAGAAGUUUUUACCUCGUAACGUCAAACACAAAAGCUCACUUCCACCUUUGCAUGGAAACCGGACCCUAAACGUCCGAGGCACACAAGCACGUAUGUCACUUUUCAGUCGUGACACUUGUUACGUUUCUUCAGACGGCCAUAACUGACAGUAUUCUGUGUGAGCCACACAUUCAAAGGGCACGUGCCUCCCAUGCUAGAAACGUUACUUUUCUGUCGACAGCCCGCUAACGUCGUACAGACACGGAGACAGAGCUGUCACUAAUCAGAAAGCAGAUUUCAAAUUGCUCUCUUUAACUCUUGUGUGUGCUUUUAUUUUUAUUCUUGUAGACCCCUUUACCGAAGGCAGCUUCAGACACUAGUACACGACUUUUGUUUAAGUUUAUAUUCGGCUAAAUGACGUUGCUCGGGUCACACAGCACUGGAGGCGCUCAGGCCUCGUCCACAGUAUCAGACGGCCUACUGGUAGCCAUCAGCAUCUGAGCCUGUAACAGGAGACCCUGGUAGAUCUGCCAGGCCACUCUCUUCACUAUUUAGCCGUGUCUGUAUGUCGGCGGCCUCCUAAAUGUACCACCAGUGCACUGAGGCAGCUCUGUUUGUGUACUGAGAAUUUCCAAAAUGAUCAAAGCACGUCAUCUAAUGAAUUUAACAGCUAACGUGAAAAUAAUUGUCAUUCUGUAGGACGUGAUCAUAUAAAAGCUUCCAGAGCUGUAUGUACACUUGCCACUGGGCCCGGGGGAUGUCCGCCGUGUGGAGAGCAGUAUUAGGACCCCCGAGACGUGGCGUUUCAGGCUGAUGCACAUUCAGCAGAAGCUCGUUCUCCGGUUCGCUCUUCUGUAAGAAGUAAACAGUGUUGGCUGCCAUACUGGCCAUUCAGAGUUUUCCUGGUGAAAAUGCCACACCGAUCUGUUGAUUUUACUUUGAAGAACAACACUGACGACAAUAAAACACAAGUGCUCUGUGUGUGUGUCCGUUUGUACCUGCAGUGAGUUGUCAUACCCAAGGUCUCCGGCGUGUUUGCUGCCUUCGCUUCAUACAGACAGACGUCCUCUUCGUCGAGAGUGCCUGCCGCUGCUCCUCUCAUAAAUGUCUCCGCUACGCAGUAAAUCGUCUCUGAAGCCGUCAGUCCAGCGUUUGGGACGCACGACAAGUAUCUCUUUAUGUUGUUGUUGUUUUUUUGUGAUUACUAAAAGGCAUUUCAAGAAAAUCCUGGUCACCUGCUGGAAUGUCGGCGGUGAGCUGAGGUGACCCGCUUAUGGGGGAGGAGGCGGACGUGAGGCUCCCGGGGUGUUGUUUUUUAUUUUAUUGUUCAUACUAGGGCUGUGUUCCAAAUAGUUACUCACAUUGUGUACAGUGUAUAAAAUGUAAUACAAUAAAAACCGUGCCGGGUGGCAAGUGUGUGUAAAGAGCGUAUCGUAUAUUUUUACAUAAUGAACUUGCUGUGGUGAGUGGACGGCGCCUGGCGAGUGCUUUUCUAGAGAGCUUUUUUACCUUUGUAACCGCUCUGGUCGCCUCUGUUCUGUCCGUGAACCGUAGCUCUGUACAUACUGUAGAGAUGUCCUCGAGUAGUUACUGCAUUGAAAUUGUCCUCUCUAAUAAACUGCAGACAUUUCCUAACA